AUGUCUGAUAGCAUCGGUAUGCAGUCUGUAUAAACUCCAUUAAAUUCUAUGAGUUAAGCAGAUCUUAGCGAGGCAGAAAAGACUUCCAUUUAAGUCACUGUCAGAAUUAGACCUUUGAAUGAAAAAGAAUUAUCUGAAAAUGAAAUUUCAUGUGUAAAAGUAGAUCCAAAUUAUCCAAAUACAAUAACUUUAGAAACCAACUCAUUUGAGUCAAAAAUGUUCUGUUUUGAUUAUAUUGCCCAUUAAUUUACUCCAUAAUAGGAAGUUUUUAAUAAGGUAGCGCUACCUGCAGCAGAUUCGUGUUUAGAAGGUUAUAAUGGAUGUAUAUUCGCUUAUGGUUAAACUGGCGCUGGUAAGACAUAUACAAUUACUGGUGCAAGUAAUGUAGAAAGUGUUUUAAAUACAGACCACAGAGGUAUGCUACCUCGUGUUUUGGAGUAUAUAUUUUAAAAAAUAAAGCAAUAGUAAUCAUUGUCAGUAGAGUAUUUAGUUAAAUGCAGUUAUUUGGAAAUAUAUAAUGAACAUAUUAUUGAUCUUCUCUCAGAUAAUGGAAAUAAUCUCUAGCUUAGAGAAGAUCUUAAAAAAGGUGUUUAUGUUGAAGGACUUACUGAAUGUGUUACUUAAAAUUUCUUGUAAGCUAUUGAAAUCUUAAAAACAGGAAGUGGAAAUCGCCACAACGGAGCAACAUCAAUGAAUAGAGAGUCAUCUCGCUCUCACUCUGUAUUUUCUAUCAUUCUGCAAUCAAAGACUCUUUCUGAGGGAGUCACUCACUUAAGAUAUAGCAGAUUUCAUUUUGUUGAUUUGGCAGGAAGUGAGAGAACAAAGCAAACAAAUGCUAUGGGAGAAAGACUUAAAGAAGGUUGCAAUAUUAACAAAUCUCUCAGUAUACUUGGUAAUGUAAUUAAUGCUUUAGUGGAAGUAGAUAAUGGAAGGGCUAGACAUAUUCAUUAUAGAGAUAGUAAACUAACAUUUUUCUUAAAGGAUUCUCUAGGAGGUAAUAGUAAAACUAGAGUUAUAGCUAAUAUUUCACCUGCUAGCAGCGCUUUUUAGGAAACUCUAUCUACACUUAAAUUUGCUAAAAGAGCUAAAUUAAUCAAAAAUAAAGUUCAAAUCAACGAGGAUCAUUCUGGAAAUGUUGAAUCUCUCAAUAAUGAAAUUAAAAAACUUAGAUUAGAAAAUUUGCAAUUUAGAGAAUUACUCUUGAAAGGAGGAUCUAUUCCAUCAUUCUUUUAACCUAAUAAUAGCUAACCUCAGUCGCCUUCUAUUCGUGAAUAAAAAAACAAUUUAAGAAUGAUUAAAGAUGAAAAUAUAAAAAUGCAAGAAACUGAAGAACUUUGUUAGCACUAUUUGGAAUAAGCUUAAGAGCUUGAGCUUAAAAUGAAUUAUAAUAUGGGUAAAACUAAAGAUCAAUUAAUGCAUCUUAUGAAAUACGUUGAGAAGUUCUAAUAAAACGAAUAUUAAUAUCGCUCAAUUAUUAAAUUAUAAAGAGCUAAGAUCGAAAGAGUUGAAUUAAUGUUGAAAAAUAAGCAAUUAACAAAAGAGCAAGUUCAAGAAUUUUUUAAUGAGGACAGAGAAAAAACUUAAAAAGAGUUGAACAACUUGAGAGAAUUAUUAGAAAAUUAAAUGUACUGUGCUAAAUUACUUGAUGAAAAUGUUGAGUUGUAAUAAUAGGUUGAAAAAAUUUAAGAACCAGGCAGAUCAAUUUUCUAGCAACUAACAAAUAAUGUUGAUGUCUUAAAAAGUAUUUAAAAUAAGCUCGAACAAAAUAUUGAACAAAGAGUUAGAUUGUAAAAAGUUGUUGAAGAUCUUGAAGAGUCAAAAAAAAAUGCUUCACCUGAUCGCUCAAAGAAACUUGAAUUUUAGCUCACUCAAAUUGAAAAAGAGCACAAGUCAGCAGUAGAAAAUUUAAAUUCGGAAUUACUCACAUAAAAAUAAAAAUUAAACGAUUAAGAAAGAAUGAUUGAUUAGAUCGUUGAAGAGAAUUAAAUGCUGUCAAAAGAACUUGAAUAAAUGAAGCUUAUGUAAGAAUUUAAGUAAGCUUAACACGAAGAAACAGUUCAUUAAUUGAAGAAGUUAAUUGCUGAAAAGAGCAAUGUAACUGAUGAAAUGAACUAAGAGUUGCGCUUAAGAAAUAUUGAUUUAGUAGAACAAAUAAAAUAAUUACAACAGUAGAAUUUACUAUUGAAUGAAAGAAGCAAGGAAUCAGAGAAACAAAGACAAGAUAUGGCUGAAGAAAAAAAGUAAGCUCACGAGAAAUAUUUGAAAUACUUAGAAAAAUACAAUGAAGAAACAACUCAUCUUCAAGCAAGUAUUUAGGAACUCACUUCGAAUUUUAAUGAAAAAGAGUUUGAAAAUUUAAGAAUAAAGGAUGAAGUGAUUCAAGGUAAUGAAAGAAUUCGUGAGUUAGAAUCUAAUAUCAGUUAAGCAAAACAAGUUUAAGACUCUCUUUAACAAGAAAUUGAGUAGAAAAAAAAUCAAAUAGAAUAGCUUGAAGAAUAGUUGAUUGAGCUUGAAGAAGCUGACAAUUAGAGAAAAGAUUUGCAAGAAGAAAUUGAAACAUUAAAUGAAACAUUAAACUUUAGAGAAAAUGAACUUGAAGAAAUGAAAAAAUAAAAAACUCAACUUUUGAACUAAAUCUAAGAAUUAUAAGCUGCUAAAGUUUAAAUUGAAGAAUUAGUUCAAACCUUAAAAAUGAGAAUCGAAGAACUUGAAAGCCAAAACAAUGAAUAAAACAAUAAACUUUUAGAGGAAAAAGUAGAAGAAGUGAAAAAAUUAGAAGACGAAAAAGUAGUUAUUGAAUAAGAAUUAAACGAAAUCAGAAAGACUAAAGAAGCAGAUAACAUAGUUAUUUAGAAUAAAUUGGAGUAAAUUAAGUCUUUAGAAUAAGAAAAGGUAUUUGUUUAAUAGAAGAUAAAUGAAAUUUCUGAUGAAAAAGAAAGAAUUACUUAAGUUUUAGAAGGUGAAAUAAAAAUUCUGAAAGAAAAAUUAUUGUUAGAAGAUGACUAAAAUUAAGAAGUUAUCAACUAAAAAUAAACUGAAAUUGAAUAACUGAGAUCAUAGGUUUAAUAAUUAAAAUCAUCAAUUCAAAAGGAAAUUGAAUCAUUCAAUAAUGAAAAAACCAAACUUGAAGAAAAUUUUAAAAAGGAGAAACAAGAAACUCUUUUACAAUGUAAGAGAGAUCUUUAGGAAUAAUGUGAGUAGCUACAAUAAAAUUUUAGUAUUGAAUUAGAGAAAUAAAUUGAAAUUCGUGAGAAAAAAAUUGCUAAGUUAGAAGAAGAAAAAAGCAAGGUUAUUCAAUAAAGCUAAGAAGAAACUUAAUAGGAAUUAGAAACCUUGAAAGAAGAUUUGGAAAGAUAAGUUGUUUUAAUUACUGAAUAAAAGGAUUAAGAAAUACAGUAAAUAAUUGAAAAGAAUUCUGAGGAGUUAUAGGGUCUUUUAAAUGAGAAAUAGCAGCUUUUAAAAUAAAUUUAACUAAAUAAAGACGAGAUUUAAAUGCAUUAAAAUUCUAUCUAAGCUUAUGAAUAAUAAAUAUAGGAACUUGAGAGUUCUUUGAUAGAAAAAGAAGGUCUCUACAUAGAAAAAAAUAAUGCUUUUAAGGAAUAACAAUCUAAGCUUCGUCAUUUAGAAAGUGAAUCUUCAUAAUUAAAAGAAGAAGCUUAAGAAUUAAAAGAUAAAGCAUCUCAAUUAGCAGAAUCACUUGAAGGCUAGACUUAAGCAUAUUCUAAGGCUAAAGCAGAGGUUGAAAAAUUAUAAAAUGAAAUUCUAUACUAACAAGAGAAAAUUCUUUAAUAAGAAAAUACAAUCAAGAUAUUAAAAGAAAGACAGUAAGAGGAAUCUAGUUAAUCUGAAAAAUAUGUCUAUGAAUUAGAAGAUAAGGUUCGUUAACUAGAAUAGGAAAAAGCUAGUAUGGUUAAAUUGAAUAAUUAACUAUAGUAAGAAUCUGAUGAAAAGCUCUUAGACAAAGAAAAUGAAAUUGCUCAUUUAAAUUUGGAAAAAAAAUAAAUUUUAGACAGUAAGCUGCAAGAAAUUGAAGAAAUUGUAAAAUUGUAAUAGUAAGAUAAAGAUAUUUCACUUUAAAAACAGGAAUUGAUUUUCAAUGAGAGAAUCAAAGAAUUAGAAGAAUUAGUUCAACAGGCUAUUUCAGAAAAGGAAAUCAUAAUUACUCAGUAUGAAGACAAAAAUAAUGAAAAAGAAAAUAAAAUUUCUGAUUUACUAAAGCAAAUUGAAGAAUAAAGUUAAAAUAUACAAAAUUAAAAUGAGGAAAUAGAUAGCUUAAACUAAUAGGUUAUCUUAUUAAGAUAGAAAAUAUCUUAAAAGGAAAAGGAAAAGCAGGAAAAUUAUGAAAGAGAAAGCAAGGAAAAGCAAGAUUUGAUUGAAAAAUAUGCUGAAGAAAAGCAAAAUCUUUAAAUUUCACUUGAAAACAGAUUCUCUGUGAAACAAAAGCAAAUGGAAGAAUAAAUUAAGAGUUACUAAGAAUAACUAUCAAAUGAAUAAGAAGCUCAUCAGUCUCAAAUUGAAUAAAAGGAAAUGAUAAUUGAGGAACAUCAAAAUAUUAUAGAUGAAUUGAAAACUGAAAUCGAAGGAUUAAAAACUCAACGCUAUGAAAAAUUAUCUGAGCAAGAGUAAUUAUAUGAGAAUCAGCAAUAAGAAAAUCGUUUAUUAGUAAAGCAAAUUGAGAAUUUAAAGAAAGAAAUAGUCAAUAAAUCUGAAUAACUUAUUGCAGAAAGGGAAGAAUAAUAAGAAACUUAAUAAUAAUUUGAUAUGUAGAUUAAGUAAAUUGAAGAAAAAAGUAGUUAAGAAAUAAACAAAAUCUAGCAAGAAUCUUAGGAAGCAAUUGAAACAGCUGAAAAAUAAAUUUUAGAAUUAAAGAGAUAACUUGAAAAAAUAAUUAAAUAAAAGGAGGAGGAGUUGUAAUAAGCUAACAAACUAGUUGAAUAAGUAAAAGAGUAGCUUUUGUAAGAGAAGAAUUAAUCAGUAAAAGAGAAUAAUAAUUUAAUAUAAAAAAUAGAAUAAUAAUAAUAAUUGUAGUUAAGAGAAUUAAAUGAAUUAAAGGAAUAGAACAAACAAAUCUUAGCUGAAGCUGAGAAUAAUUAAUUAGUUUUCAACUAAACUGAAGCAAAUUUGUAAGAGCAAAUAGCAUAUUUAAAGUAAUAACUAGAUAUAUCUAACAAUAAACUUGAAGAAGAACAUAACAAGUUCUUGCAGAAGUUUACAAAUCUUCAGAAAGAAGCUGAAUAAAACACUCAAAAGUAGGUGCUUUUAAAUGAAGCUUUAAGAGAUGAGAAAUGGAAAGCAGAAAAAGAAUAAAUACUUCAUUCUCAUAAAAUGACAAUUUCUCAAAAGGAAAAUGAAUUGUUCGAAAAGAAUUAAGAACUGCUUUAAAUGAAAUAGCAAUUAGAAGAAUUCAAGAGCUUGAGUCAUACUUAUUAAACAAAGUUAAAAGAAAUUUAAGAAUCUAAUGAAAAGUAAAGUGUAAUCAAUACCCAGAUUUUCACUAAAUAAUUAGAUUAAGUUAAUACUGAAAAGAACUCACUUAAACAAAAUUUAGAAAAUCUUAAUGCAAAACUACAAGAAAAAGCUGAAGAAACUCAAAAACUUAUUGUUUAAAAUGGAGAAUAUUUAACAAAGGCUCAUUAGCUUGAAUAAUUGAAUCAAGAGAAGGAAACAAAAAUAAUUUAAUUGAGCAAGAAUAUUUAGCAAUAAGACACUUAUAUUCAAAAAACAGCUCAAGAAAUUUAGCAAAAGAAGGAUAUUAUCCAGACUCUUAAUGAAGAAUAUUCAAAAGUAAUAUAAUAAAACGAAUAGCUAAAGCAUCAAAUUUCUGAAACUCAAACUUAACUAGAAAAACAAUCUAUCAUUCAUAAAUAAAAAGAAGUUGAAAGACUUGAGUUAGUGCACAAAUCAAAGCUUGAGGAACUUGAAAAUAAGCAUAAUGAAGAGCUCAAUAAAAUAUUUGAAGAAAGAAGAAUAAUGCUCGAGCAGUUAGAAGAGCAAAAAUAACAAAAGGAUAGUGAAAUUGAAGAAUUAUGUUUAAAAUAUGCAGAGGAAAUAGAUAAUUUUAAAAAACUCACAAAGAACCUCUAAAACUAAAACGAAUUCCUUGAAAAAGAAAACGCUGAGAAAGAAGAACUUUGCAAUUAAUUUUAAGUUGCUCUUAAUGAAUUCAAGUAAGAGUUAAAUAAAAGGGAUGAGCUUUUAUAUAUAUAAGAAGAGUAUGAGAAACUAGUUGAAGUUAAUAAAAUACUUGAAAACGAUUUAGAAAAGAAGACAAAGAUGAUUGAAGAAAGUAAAGUUAACUUGAUUCAAGCUAAAAGAGACAUGUAAGAAAUGAAAAAGAUUUUAGAUUAAAAAAACAAAGAAAUAGAUGUAUAAAAAAAUGAACUGAAAGAGUUUUAUGAAAGAACUUAGGUAUUUGCUCAAACAAGAGACAAAGAUGUGAAAGAAGUUAAAGAUUAAUACUGCAAGCUAUUAGAUGAACACAAUAAAAUUAUGUCCUAAUAUAACGAACAAAGUGAGAAAAUGGAUAAAUUAAAGGUUGAAAUAUCAGACUAUGCAAAAGAGAAAGCUUAGAUUAAUUAAGAAAUUAGAAAACUAUAAAGUAAUGAAAAAAAACUCAAGUAGCAGUUGAAUGAUAUGAUUGAAGUCAAUAAAAGAUUAAACGAAGAUAAUAAAAAACUGGAGGAAGAUUAUGAAAAUGUGUAAAGAGAAUUACAGUACAUCGGAGGUCAUAACAAUCCUGACCAGAAGAUCAAAAUGUUUAAUAAAAUAAAAGAAGAAAAUACUUUAUUAAAAAACGAAAAGAAAGAAUUAUCUACUUAACUAGCCUAGAUUGCAGAAGAAAAUAAAUAGCUAUUAAAAUAAAUUGAAUAGCUUCGCACAAAUCCUGAUAGAAGCAACCCCUUAAAAAAUAUAGGAAAUCAGAGGUUUGGUAAUUCAUCUUCUUCAACAGAUAAAUCAAUUUAAAUGGAACUUGAAAAACAAAUAAAUGAAAACAAGAAGCUUCAAGAUAUUAUUAUUUAAACAAAUUAAAUCAUAUAAAUGGGUUAAUCAAGCAAAGGACUCAAAUAAUUCCAAAAAUCUUCUCUUGAUAGAGACUUAAUUAGUGGAGUUAAAUAGAUUGUCUAAGAAAUACUUGAUAAAGAAAAUAAAAUAAAAAAUUUAACAGGAGAGUUAGACGCAAAAACAAUAAAAUACACUGAAUUAGAGAAGAAAUACUUAUAACUUUAAUUAAAUGUUAAAGACAGUUCUUACUUAAAUAAUAUUAAUAGAGAAAGAUCAAAAGAUAGAUUUGGAGCAGCUCUUGGCAGCAACUCUUCAAUUCAACAAUAAUAGCAACCAUUAUAAUAGCCUAUGUCUUAUUAAAAUUUGAAUCAUCUUAAUUAAAAUAUAAAUCUCUAAAACUAUUCAAUAUAAUAACAAUAAUAAAUACAAUAGCAUUAAGCAUAGUAAAACUAAUAAAAACCUAAUAGAUUGAAUUUCUAUAACAACUAUAAUAAUUGA